CCCGUUUAGCUAUAAAAACGAUAAGUUAUAUUGGAAUAAUCUGUUAUGGGUAAAACCGCAUUUAUCUCUCUAUGGAUUUUGCCCACACAAAUCUGUGCGUCAUAGGGCAACAUAUGCAAACGAAACCGUGUUUCCUGAGAGGGUACCUUGAAUUGUAGUAGUCUAGAAAUGUUCUCAGAAAGUUUCCAUGACCCGAUCUUAUGAAAAUAAAUAUUAUGUAUACAUGCAUGUUGGCAGAUUCGAACCAGCGACGUCUUGCACUUUACGUUUAGUUACAUUUGUUAGCCUACUGAGCCACCGCUUUCAAUCGCCGCGAAGAUGUUGCAAAUUUUCAGCAAUGGCCUACCGAACAGAAUUCACCGAAUUUCACCGUUAUGUCAACAUCGCGCGAAGACAAUGCCCAAUAUAUUGCUAAUGACAAGUGUAGACUCAACUAGAAGGUUACGUAAAGUGAUCAUGGCGUAGCAAUAACGUUCUAUGCUAGAGGCAUAUUACUCGGCAAGCGUUAGAGGUGCAAGUGCAGUGUCGUUGCUGCGAUUCUCUGAGUGAGUUACUCGAAAUAUCUUUGACUAUAGUAGGUAAAUAUUUUGAUUAUUUUUUUCGGUGAGCGAUUUCGUUUUCUACAAAUGAAGGUGGAAAAAAUUGAGUUAACAUUAUAAAAACAUAUAUGGUUGCCAAUUCUGCUAACGAGCCAGCAAGAAAAGAGAUGAGGAUGUCAUGAGCAUUUCUUAACAUAUAUCGGAGCUAGUAUACAUUUACAACUUAUAGAUUCUAUAUCAUAAACAACUCUAGUCAAAACGCCAAGUAGUUAGUAUGGAAAUGGCCGUCAAAGUACUUAAUUGGUUGACCAAAUUGAACUGAAAAAAAAACUGUCAUGAUAUACCAUUAAACAUCAGGAAACACGUCAUCACCCUAAAGUGUACCAGAAUAAUUAUAAGCUCGGCGUAAUAACCAACCGGUAGGUGAAAGUUCACUCCAAUGGGCAAUUAAGUCGCCUUGUUGCUUUUUAGUUAGAACUUAACAUUCUGAGGUGCUAGCUGCAUCUAAGAUUACCGUUUCAAUAAUAUGUUACGUUAUGCGUUGUAGCAGUAAAAGGGGCGUUACUUAUAUUUUGCAUAUUGAGUGGCUCAAUGGUCGAUUCUUCUUUCGACAGGAGCGUUCCUCGCGACCUGCGAGGAUCGUCGGUCUUGAACUAACUGCCCCCCGGCUUAUGUCAACUCACUCGAUGCAGCAUGACGCUGGGCAGAAGGCUGAAAAUGAGUACAAUGGUGACAAGUAUAGCGGCAAAGCACGAGCAUCCCCCGAUGAGCUACUACAACUGGGGAACAAAAGCGAAGAAGGGGAGGAAAACACUCCCGAUUGGUCUCCUGACACAGUUUUAUGGCGAUCCUUACCGACGUCAGUGGUGGAUAACCGCUCGAGCCGUUCCUCAUCUGGUGUACCUACUUCACUGACGGAUUCGACUGCCGAAGAGGACCACGUCCUGACCGGGACUGCCGGGAUUACGGGUGUUGCAGGUGUCGGCCGAUCUCCGCUAAUGGCUUCAUCCCUUUACUCCACGACUUCGUCUUCCUUAAGAAUCAAUCCGCAGUUGGUAAACACCCGUGUAGAGAUGGUCUAUCAAUUAUUGAGCAGCCUAGCUUCGGAAGAUCGUGAUGAUGUAUCGGCUACCCUUGAGAACAUGACAUCUUCGAAGGAGAGCUGCCUUGCGAUGCGUCAGAGUGGAUGUAUACCACUGCUCGUUCAGUUGCUGCACGGUGCGACGGAUGAACAGGGCAACUUGAAAGGGCGUCUACGUAGUCGUGAGUCCCGCUCUCGUGCUGGAAAAGCUCUAAGGAAUAUCGUGCAUGCGCUACCAGAGGACAAAAAGGCACGCAGAGAAGUGCGCGUCCUCAAACUUCUAGAACAGGUUCGUGAGUUUUGCAAUCAGUUAGAGAAUGGGGAUGCUAUCAUGGGUACAGAAGAAACGGACGAUCGAAGAGACGGUGAACUGGAUCAUCCGAACUCAGCUGUGGCAGCCCUUAUGAAGUUGUCCUUUGACGAAGAACAUCGUCAUGCGAUGUGCCAUCUUGGCGGGCUUCAGGCCAUAGCUGAACUCGUACAUCUUGACUAUAUAGCUCACGGUCAUGAACGUGAAUCGUGCAUCCUCGUAAGACGAUAUUCCGGUAUGGCUUUAACCAAUCUCACUUUCGGAGACGGAAACAAUAAAGCUGCGCUGUGCUCUAUGCGAGAUUUCAUGAAUUCUCUCGUCGCGCAAUUCGAUUCGCACUCGGAGGACCUUAAACAGGUGACCGCAUCAGUUUUACGUAAUUUGUCAUGGCGCGCCGACAGUAAGAGUCGUGUGGCCCUCCGCGACGCGGGUGGUGUACUAUCACUGACGCGUUGCAUGAUGUCCAUGGAGAAAGAGGCCACACUCAAAUCAGUCCUCUCUGCCCUUUGGAAUCUGAGUGCGCAUUGCACCGAGAACAAAAUUCAAAUCUGCUCAGUUGACGGUUCACUAGCGUUCCUCGUAAGCACGCUGACCUAUCGAAGUCACUCGAAAACACUGGCUAUCGUAGAAAAUGGUGGAGGUAUUCUUCGAAAUAUUUCGUCAUAUGUUGCUACUCAAGAGGAAUACAGAGCAAUUCUUCGACGACAUAGCUGCCUUGAAGUUCUCCUUCAGCAACUAAAAUCGCCUAGUUUAACCGUAGUGAGCAAUGCUUGCGGCACUCUCUGGAACCUUUCCGCACGCUGCCCACAAGAUCAAACAAAGCUUUGGGAACUCGGUGCUGUGGGUAUGCUGCGUAAUCUGGUCAACUCGAAACACAAGAUGAUCUCGAUGGGUUCGUCGGCAGCACUUAAAAACCUACUGACUGCCCAACAGCAACAACACGUAGACUGUAGUUCGCUCGAAGGUAGCGGCGCUGAGUCGAGACUCAGCUCUAUUGUCUCUGACGAUGCACUGCUGUUUGUGCCAGGGCAUCAGUAUCACAAGACCACCGGCGCGCCGCCUAGCUCUGGCGAUGAUAAUAGUUUACGAAGCCAAGGCAUAGCUUGUACAGAAUCGAGCGAAUCAACUGAUGGUGGAUCGGCCGUCAGUCCCGCGGCUUCUCGAACCUUACUGCAAAAACGUGCUCCUAACUCCUUGCAGGACUUUUUAUCAGGAACACAGGGCCCCAUGCUUUUGGCUCGAAAGGCGCGCAAUCUCAAACAGCAGUUCGUUACAGCAGAAGACGCCAAGAACCUCAGUGAGCUGUGCGACAAUAUCGAAGCCUCUCCGAAAACCAGUCCCGUGUUAGAGAAGAGGUCCCUGUUCUUAGGAGGAGGUUUCACGUCGCUGGCGUCUGACGGACGCAUGUUUUAUUCGGUGGGCGAACAGGUAUCGCGUUCAUGCUCACGAACUUCUCUACGCUCAGCCCAUUCUGAACCAGGUGUUUAUAUCCGACCGCGGCGCCAUUCUCUCGGACAGCUUCACCUGUGGCACUUAAAUUCAGAUCCGUCAUCGACUUACUUCUCCAAUUCGUACACGAUCGAUUGGAGUACAGCAUCUGCUUUCCUUGCCUCAUCGGAAGGCACUCGUGCAGCAUCAGCAAGGCGCCGGCCUGCGAGUUCCUCGUUGUGCGUUCGUCCGACCUCAACGUACGCAUCAUUUAUCUCUUCUAAAUCAAUUUUUGAAGAUAAAGAGGACUCUUCACCAGCCGCUGGCAAGUUACAGCAACAAUGUACUCCGAAACGUGAGCCUCGUACCCAAACUCAAGAGCCUAGUAAGGAACAGAAAGCCGGUAGCAAUAAGGGCAAAGAGCUAAAGGAACAAAAAUCUCGUGAAGGAGAGAGAGUUGCGGAAGAAGUAGCCGUUGAUGCUGAAGCGAAAUUGCCUAUCUCUAGUCCAAUGAAAGAACCGCUCACUGAUUCUCAAUCAUCCUCCACGACUCCGUUGAAAAAAUCUAAAGUUUUCCAAGUAAAGAGACCCACCGAAUCUCCUCCGCCGCCGCCUAUUGCCAAAAAAAAAACGCUGGAACAAGGGCAGGGCAAUAACCAACAAAGUACUACAACUAAAUUAGCGCAUGCUCUUGGUGGUUCUAAGGAGCUCAGCACCAAAGAUCUGAAUAGGGACGAAGAGUCUAUGGAGACUCAAAGCUCUGCGUAUCCAAAGGACGAGCGCACCACUCAAGAAACUGUUGGCCUUUGCGGAACUUCUUUAAUAAGUGAUGUCGAGUUGACACCUGUUGUGGAAAGCAAGCCAUCUGUACCUGCGAGGACAGUCAAGUCGAUUCCGACACCACCCCCAACUUCUCCUGUCAAUCUAUCACGGAAAAGCUCAGGCAACAACAAUGACUUCGAACAGCUGAUUCCAGUAUCAGAUAAAAGUCCUCCUGCCUCACCACUUCGUCGAAAUUUGACCAAUAAACACCUGAAUCAAUUGAAAACGGUAGAAAUCGAGGACGAUUCAUCAAUAGUGUCUGAUCUCGGGGGAGUGCAACCUCCAUCCUACUUCAACGACCUGGCUUCGAUGGCUAGCAGCUGUGCUUCGCUCGAACUUGGAGACCGCUCACCGGUCAGGAAGUUUUCGCUUAAAGCCCGUCCAUGCUGGAAUGCCGAUGAAUGGAGUCCAAAAAGCUGUGAAAAUCUCGAUAACGUCAUGCCGCCGUCUGGCCUCAACUCCGUCGAAUGUCUCUCUCUGAGGAGUUCUGCUAACUCCGAAAUGCUUCUUAAUGCGAAUCCACCCUCUUUCCUUGAUGACCUCUCCACAAAAGAGGAUGUAUCAUUUGAUGAUCGUACACAUGACAUCGAAGUGGACAACCGAACACGCGAUGUUGAUACUCAUUUAGUAAUUUCGAUGUCAGCAUCUCGAGACGAGGUUGAUGGCUUUGAUAACGUCGAUAAGCUAGACGAAAAGAACACGCAGUUAGAUGAGCGGACCAGAGAUAUUGUCAAUCACAAUGAGGACCCAAUCUAUCCUCGCGUAAAUACAGACACCUACACGCAGCAAUACCAUCAGCAACCCGCAAAUAUACAGAACUCAUCCGCAUCAUUCUACGCAAUCGCAAAGCCGGCGAACGGAUUGGUUGCGCAUCUGCUUGAUGAUCCUACGGAAAUCGGGUCGGACGCGUUUCUUUCUGAUGCUGAGGGUGAAGAUUUGCCGUAUGACUCGACCACAGACUAUUUCACUUGCCAGCAAUCCUCCGAUACACUACGAGCUUCACAUUUUCAGAGCUGUUACAGCGGCCAAACCCGAGAUGCGACUGUCGGUAGCAGCGAAAAUCUCACAACGCUUGAUAACACACUCACAUUUGAUGUGUCUACAAAGAGGGCUGUCACUUACCAGAAUUCGUAUGCAGACCUUACGUACGACGCUACGCUAGUUUUCGAACCCGAAGAGCGACAGCUACCGCAAGCCGACCCGCAGCAACAGCAGAAGCACAAACAGCAACACUCGGUUUUCGAUACUGAUUUCCAGGAUCCGGCAGAUGAUGAGUGCUCUGUCGUGAGCAGCGUCGACGACGCCACCUAUGACAUCUCGUCACCGCAGUCGCAGACGCCUGCUAGAGGCCAGGCUAGAAUUGUGAAACCUAUUUUUGUGCAUGGGUUACCGGUAAUACCCGGGUCGGCCUCAGUCAAACCAACAGUAAUCGUUGUCACAGGAAAAAAUUCGCCUCGGCAUUUGUCAAGAAAAAGCGCUGCUACUCCCCCCGUGCCUAUACGACAAACGCGUGCAAGCGCUCUUCGUGCUUCUAGAGCGCAAAGCUCUGAGACGGAGCGAUCCGAACGGGGGACGCGAUCUAAUAGUUCCUCGCCCGCUAGAUCUCCACCCGUAAGCGCACGUCUUUCGAGCCCAGCGAAUCGGCGUCCGUUGCCCCGUACAGCGUCGUCACCUGUUUCGACAACGAGAACCCCCAUUGGUGGCCGAGCGCCUCAGGUAGCCAGCCCUUUAGCGUCACGUUCUUCUAGCCUAAAUUCACGUACAACUUCACUUCAUUCAGCAGAUAACAUGCGUCCUCUAAAUGCCCAGCGAAUGACUCCCCCGCCAUCGACAAGGGCCGCAAAUCAAUUAAAUGACGACCAGCCACUAAUUGCACCUAAGCCGGCACUGACAAAGCAAGGAACCUUCACAAAGGAGUCUGGAGGGCUUUCGGUUAAGUCUGUAACACCACCCGUGCCUAAUGCUAGGACAAUCGUGCCAAUCAAGCCACCUCCAACGCACCAUCAGAAUUUCCAAAGCAACAAGACGUCACACAACCCAAGCAUCGCAGUAUCUCGGCCGGUGUCGGGAGCAAUGCAUAAAUCCUCAUCAGUGAAUACUAACAUGACGAUGACGCGCAACUCACACCCAAUCCUCAAUCGGACGCAAUCUGAUGCCGCUCAAAUGGCAAGGUCGUCUAUUAUGCCAGGCCAAACCAGAGAGUCACCCAUACAAAGGGUGCCUUUGGCUAUGCGAACAACAGCCGCUUCGCGAGCGCGGGCCGCUGCUAUCGCGCAAUCGAAGAUGCAGCCAGGACAUGUACAGAGGGUUGUCCUUACGAGACGAAACAGCUCCAGUGGGGACAGACAAAAUCAACAGCAACUGCCGUUACAGCAGUUGUCCAAUAACCUUAAUAAUAACCAACAGAUAAUUGAAAACAAUAAUGAUCGUCUGCAGUUGAUGACAAUGGGUGAAAAUCCAGGACUGAUGCGUAGCGGAACCUACGAGAAGAUCAAUGAAGUGGGCAGCCCCCCAUUCGAAGACAGAAAUCACAAUGAGCAGGUGGAGCCGACGACGACGACUACCACAAACACAAAAACGUCCACCAAUCAACCAGUACGACCAAGCGAAUUUUGGAGCCGAGACCAGAAAAACAUCGAUCAAUCAGUCGGCGGUCGUCAGCAGGGAGGUAAGGCAGGAAGUGGAGGAGGCUUCCUGAAGAAGUCGAUGAUGAUGAGCGGCUGCGGCGGGGGUCGCCGUGUAGCUGACUCCUCAUCAAUGCCUCCGAUCGUAACUCCGCGUUCUAGUCCAAGUCUGAAAAGUCCUUGUGACAUUGUCACGAAAAUUCCUCGCUCACCGGGAGCCGGCUCCGUCGUCGGUGCACCCACAGCCGCUGUCGUGUCGCCAUUCAAUUAUCGACCGCGUUCUACACCGACGACACCAAAUGGGUCGAAAAUUCCGAUGAUGCGCUCGGACACGCCAACUAGCGGGGAAAGUACCAGCCGAAAAAAUUCUGUGAGCGCUACGGCCGACGAAGAAGGCUAUAUAGUGGCUAAAGCUAGACUCGUGACGACAGUGUAAAACUGGGAAAAAAAACAGGAUAUUGGAAAGUUGUUUAGCAGCGGAAAAAGCAAACAGAAUAUGAUGAAUUCGGGGAAGCAGCAAACAGCUAAUGACGAGAGCGUUGAACGAAGGUAACGGAAAAUUAUCAAGACCAGUAGUCGGGAUAAGUUCGGCGAUCAAGAGGGGAUAUUUCCUAAUUAUACAGACGCUUAGAUUAGAAAAAAUCUAAUUUGAUCUAUUUACUUGUACCUAGUCAUCAAUGUAUUUACUGUGUACGUGCUGUAAUGUACUAUAGCAGUCGUCGACAAACCGUGUGACGCCUAUGACCAUUUUACAUGCGAGGGUCAGUAGGUGAUUUUCCAAACGCGAACAGUCUGAAAGCAGAAGUCAGUUGUUUCUGUUGCAUUUUAUUCACACUCUAUGCACAAGCACACGUUUAGUUGCGAACCAAAGAACAGUCGUGGUCUUAUAUAUAUGUAUAUAUAUAUGACGACGACUUAUAUGUAUUUUCCUUUUAUGCACGCAACGUUGGUAAAAGAGUUACCGAUCCGAAAUAUAACUGACGCUUAUGCUUGACGGAACAUAAUAGAAGUAUCCUUUACAAGGGAAAAAUAGUCAAUGAAAAAUCAAAAUCUCACCGAUAAAAUCAAAGAUUCGGGUUGAUGCAGUUCACAGCAUCAAUCAGCGUGCCGUCUACGGCGCCAUUUUUUUUUCACACACAAUUUUUCCUCAAAUGCAUCCGCUUCAUUCCCGCGUUUGUUCCGGCAAACGCCGUUGAGGCAGAUGAUGGCAGUGAUUGCAUAUGGGGGUUUGACAAGCCAACGCUCGAAGCGGCGACGUCUACUUAUUCAUUUAUAGUGAAGGUCUCCUCUUUAGGAGACCAUGGCAUUUCAGAGAUGUUGUUCUCAAUAUAUCUAUAAAUAAAACUCACUUAAAUAGGUAGCAAUCCGAACGCCUCAUACAUGGAAAUAAGCUAUGAAUAAAA